CUUUCAGGCGCACGAUCUGAUUUUCAGCCGGGAUCUCAGGCUUGCUUCGUUCAAUUCACAUGAUGGCACGACGGAGACCUCGGUAACACGAUUGAAUCUACAAUGAGCAGCGAUGUGUCCUCUGCACCAAUAUCCGAGGGCCAGACGGGUUCGACAGCUGCGCGUUACCAGAGCAAUCCUCCCGGCAUAAGUUAUGUUCAGUAUUCUCUCGAGAAAGAGCCGGAGUACCUACCUCAGAUUCGCGAAAUGAUAUCAAAGGACCUUUCCGAGCCUUACAGCAUCUACGUGUACAGGUAUUUUCUUUACCAGUGGCCGGAGUUAUGCUUCCUGGCGCUAGAUACGACGGACCACGACAAACUGGCUGGGGUGGUCAUUUGCAAGUUGGAGCCGCAUAGAGGAGGACCCCUCCGAGGGUACAUUGCUAUGCUCGCAACUAAAGACACUUUUCGCGGGAAAGGGAUCGCGACGACUCUAGUCAGCAAAGCAAUCGACCUGAUGAUCGAAAAAGACGCCGACGAAAUUGCGCUUGAGACAGAGGAGACAAAUACUGCAGCAAUGAAAUUGUACGAGCGGUUAGGUUUCUUGAGAAGCAAGAAACUUCACCGAUACUAUCUGAACGGCAACAGCGCAUAUCGACUAUUGCUGUAUCUCAAAGAAGGAGUCGGGAGCAUUCCCGUCGACAUGGGACCCGAGAAUUAUAAUGACCUUCCGGGAGCCGUACAGGAUGAGUUUCGAAAUCGACCUCGGGAUCCAGACGACCCUUUCGGCCAAGGGAUCAUAUGAGGUUUCUUUCCGGGUAUGCCACCGAGAUCUCAGCAAUCUGGCGCAGAGGCCGCAACGCUGAUCAACCGCAAAGGUUGCCAGCAGGAUCGAGGAAGGACGACAGAUGGCGAAUUGUUCGGCAUCGGAAUGUCUCCUUCACCCAGACAUCAGUCAAGUCUUGGGAUAGCAAGCUCUCCGACGGAUCGGUUGCCAAAGGGGCCCUCGACAGACUCGUCUUAUUUUAGCCAGAUGAGGGAUCGAUCUGAAUCGUGGUUCGAACAAUCAUAAGCAGCCUCCAAUCCAUUGC